UUCUUCCAAUUGUAAUGGUCACACUGGCCAGAUGCCGGGAUUCUACACGUGCAGUGAAAUCGUAUUGUGUUUUGUAAAUACUUAAAACACAUCUCUGAAAUGGGCAGUACUCGGUUCUUCCUGGCGGAUCUGCCCGCUAGGACCUCGGAGGAGGACCUGCGCGGCCUAUUCCAGGACUACGGCUAUGUAGAGCAUGUGGAUCUGAAGCGAAAAGAGCAGGAUGGCGUCACCAAGGUGAUUGCCUUCGUCACUUUGCAAACGGAGGAUGCCCAGUACUGUGUCAACGAGCUCAACUGGCAGAAGUUACACGGCGCCAAGUUACGCGUGUCGCUGGCAAAGGAGUCCUUUUUGGAUCGCUUGAAACGCGAACGAGAGGAAAACCAGCGAAGGGAACAGGGCGAACCAGAGGAAUCGGAGACGUUUGCACACAGUUCCCAACUGCUUAGUCAGAGCAACCAAAACAAACGCAGGGUUUUCGGCGAGGAUGAAGAGAUCGGUGAUGAUGAGAUCGCACCAGAGCUUCUGAUCACAAAGAAGCGUGCCGCCCACUCUAUCCACAAUGGCAGGAUUGUCAUACAGCAAGAGCACGAUGUGAAGCCGCUGCACGUCAUCGAGCAGCAUCGCAAGCCAGCCAAACAGCCGGCAGACGCCAAGAUCAGCCAGGCGGAGCAGAAGCGCAUGGAGUCGCUGAACAAGAUGCGGCAGGGUCACCAGCAAAAGAAGUCAGCCAUCCAGCUGGCGCUGUCUGCCAUUUCCAUUGAAGGCACUCAGGGGAAGAGAAUAAAGUUCAGCGACGCUGAGGAGGAAACCGAGCCUAAACCCGCCAAGAAAUCCAAAUCUCAAAAACGCGAUCUCUUCGAAGACGACGACGAAGAGGGUAAUGAUCAGGUUGUACUGCCGCAACACAAGGGAAAGAAAGGCGAGCGGCUGGUGGAAAUGCAAAGCAAACAGAGCAUAGAUCCCCGCUUUCGUAUCACAGCCAACUUCGUGGACGAGGACGAGGAGGAGGCGGCGGAUGAGGAGGAUGGAAAUAAGCCAGAGCCGGUGGAGAGUGAGCGCAAGUGGCAGAUGGAUAUACUGGAGCAGGUUGUUGGUCACAAGCUUCCCGGUUCAAACAGCAACGACGGCAAGCCGGCAAAAAGUAAAAAGAUGCUGCGUUUCGAUCCGGCCAAGGAGGAUCACCAGAAGUUGGUCCGUCAGAAGCAGUCAAAGGAUGAGGAGACGACACCCAAGACUAGGGAUACUGCAGAGGACAGCCAUAGUGCCGCUGCCCAGGCUCCGGUUUCGAAAACUGCCUUCUAUAUGGUCACCGAUACACUGAAGCAAUCGCUAAACACUCGCGGCGAGGGCUUCAGUCUGCUGGACAUGUUUGGCAGUGCGCCCGUCGAAGAGGAUGCCAAGCGGCAGGAUCAGCUGGAGAAGCUGGGAAACGAGAAGAUCCUGGUGGGCAAGGCUUCGGCCAGCAAACUUGGACUCGCCACACUCAAUCCGUUCUCCUACGACUCAUCCGACAGCGAGGAUGAAGCGAAACAGCAAGAUGAGGAGCAAGAACAGCAGGAUAGCAAAGAAAAUCAGGCACAGCCAGCAAAGAAGUCCACGCAAAAGAAGAGCAAGAUCAAAUUGGAGUCCUUCUUCAUACCCAAAAACGAUCCCCGACUGAAGGAGGGUGCCAAGUUCUUCAAGUCCGCGAAAACAGAGGUUGACCAAGCCGAGUACGACCAGGUGAGAAACCGACUCAAGCUGCUCAUCAGCAACAAGAUCGCCAAGACCAAGAAGAACCUGCCCAGCAAGGACAUCAAACAGUACCGAAAUAAGAAAGCAAAGCGCUAAUACACUUAGGCACCCAUAGUAUAAACACUACGUUAGUUAAAAGUUGUACUCCGGAUUACACACAACCAUGUUCAAGAAACUUAUAUUCGGUUUUCGGCCAUCAAUCAAAUAACUGGCCAACAAUUGGUAAGUUGAAAACCUGAAUAUGUGGUAGUAAUAGAAAUUUAAGCAUACUCUACUCCUCUGUGAAAUAAACCACAUUUGUCUGUUUUUUUUUUUAAA